AUGGGUUUCGUGAAUUUCAAGAACUAUCGUGUCUAUAUCCUGACAUCGGUGGCCUAUCUUGGGUCCCUGCUCUUCGGUUAUGACACGGGUGUUAUGGGGUCGGUCCUGGCUCUUUCAAGUUUCAAAAAGGACUUUGGGCUCCCCGUUGAGUCAUCUGGAUUCAGUAACGAGAAAAACGCUCAUAUCUCGUCCAACGUUGUUUCCCUACUCACAGCAGGAUGUUUUUUUGGAGCCAUCUUCGCUGCUUACAUGAACGACAAACUGGGCCGCAGAUACUCGCUGAUGAUCUUUGCCGUGAUAUUCCUAGUAGGAGCAGCCGUCCAAGUCGCAGCUCACCAUGAGAUUGGCAUGAUCUAUGGCGGACGUGUCAUCGCUGGUUUCGGUGUCGGUGGUAUGUCCAGUAUCACCCCCGUAUUUGUCAGUGAGAAUUGCCCUCCUGCAACACGUGGCCGUAUUGCCGGUCUCUUCCAAGAGUUUUUGGUCAUUGGUAGUACAUUCGCCUACUGGCUGAACUAUGGUGUUGCGCUUCACGUUCCCGAGGGUACAAGCCAAUGGCGUAUCCCAGUUGGCAUCCAGCUUGUCCCUGGUGGUCUGAUGCUUAUCGGAUUAUUUUUCCUCAAAGAAUCUCCUCGUUGGUUGCUGUCGAAGGACCGCCAGGACGACGCACUCAAAUCCCUCGCUUACAUUCGGAAUGAGCCUGAAACCAGCGAGGCCGUUCAACUGGAGUUUGCUGAAAUCUCGGCUGCUAUCCACGAGGAAGCGCAGGCUACCGAGGGUCUGUCCUGGAAGGAAUGCCUAAAGCCAAGUAAUCGAUACCGCUUCUUCCUGGCAUUCCUCCUGAUGUUCUGGCAGCAGUUUUCCGGCACAAACAGCAUUGGAUACUAUGCUCCUCAGAUCUUUGCAAGUGUCGGAUUGAGCAAAACAGACACCUCAUUGUUUGCCACUGGUAUUUACGGAACAGUCAAGGUGGUUUCAACAGGCAUCUUCCUCAUCAUCGGUAUCGAUCGCUGGGGUCGAAAGAAGAGUUUGAUUGGAGGUGCUGCUUGGAUGGCUAGCAUGAUGUUCAUCAUUGGGGCAGUCCUAGCCACCCAUCCCCCAGUAAAGGAUGCCGCAUCUGUCUCAUCGGCGUCCAUCGCCAUGGUCGCGAUGAUUUACCUAUAUGUCAUCGGAUACUCAGCAUCUUGGGGCCCAGUUCCUUGGGUAUAUCUUGGCGAGAUCUUCCCAACUCGUCUUCGCGCCUACGGUGUCGGCUUCGGUGCCGCGACGCAAUGGCUAUUCAACUUCGUCAUUACUGAGAUCACCCCUCGUGCUAUAAAUAAGAUUGGCUGGAAGACAUUCCUCAUGUUUGGAAUCUUCUGCUCUGCCAUGUGCCUCUUCGUCAUCAUAUUCUUCAAAGAGACCAAGGGCCGGACUCUGGAGGAGAUGGAUCUCAUUUUUGGUGCUGUUGAUGAGCAACAGAGACGCGCUGAUGUUGAACAUACCUUGCAAAAGACUCAGAUUCUGCAUGCAGAGCACACCGAGACUACGAAGUCUGAGAAGAGUGCUAAGACUACUGAGCAGAAGGAGUGA